AUGCCCUUCGCCGGGGGCGCCUCGGCGCUGCUCGCCGCACUGCUGUUCGUUGGGCAGUGUUGCGGCAGAUCGGUGACGUCCGACGCGAGAGCUACCCUGGAGGCGGAUGCACCCCGCGCGCCCGGCUCACGGGAGGCGUAUGCCACCCUGUUGUACGGGGAUGACUUCAUGCUGGGUGUGAGGGUGCUUGGCCAAUCCAUGCGCGAGACCAACACGGACAGGGACCUUGUUGUCCUAGUCACAGGCAACAUUCUACCUACCUCAAUUGAGACCUUGAUGUCAGAUGGUUGGAUCGUCAAGAGGGUGGACACAGUGUUCAAUCCAGCCAAGGGACCGCACCCUGGCGGGUUUCCUCAGCGAUUCUGGGCCGUGUACACGAAGCUGUCUAUUUUCAACUUGGUGGAGUACGACAAAGUGGUCUACCUCGAUGCCGACACAGUCAUGACAAAAAACAGUGAUGUGCUGUUCAGCUGCCCGGGCUUUUGUGCCACGAUGCGCCACUCCGAGCGUCUCAACUCAGGUGUGAUGGUCGUGACACCCUCUAAGAUGCUUUACGAUGACAUGAUGUCCAAGAUCGAGGAGUAUCCCAGCUAUACUGGGGGUGACCAGGGUUUCCUGAAUGCAUAUUUCAGUGACUACAUGAAUGCCAGAGUAUUUGACCCAAAUGACACCUCUCAAGCUGCUGAUGCCAAGAUGAUGAGGCUGCCGACAUCAUUCAAUGCAGAUGUGGGGCUGUAUGUCAUGAAUUCGAACAGGUGGAUGAUACCCAAGGAGAGCAUCUACAUCAUUCACUUCACACUGGCGACCUUCAAGCCCUGGAAUUGGUGGACACCCUGGAUUAUCAAGGAGACAAAAGUCUGGCUGGCCUUUCGUGAGCACCUGCCGAAGGAUUCCCUUGGCUACAGCCAUGGCAUGACGCCCUUCCAGCACUUUGCCCAAUUCUGGAUGGUCAUCAUCCCCCUCGUGGCAGCCGCCAUCCUGGUUCGGAGGUACCUCUGGGGCAGCGGGAUCGGCUCCGCAUUUCGCCCCUUCCCGUCAGGCCCAGGCUCGCCCAAGGCAGGAGGGUCUGGAGUGGUGGCGCGUGCUAUGGUACCUAGGCAGUUCACAGGCCUGUCCAUCAUCGUUGGCUUCCUCAGCAUCUUGUUGCCUCUGGCGGUGACCUUCUCCAUCGUGCCCAAGCAUGUAUACCCGUUGUGGGGCUGGAUCCUUGCCUACGAAUGGACCCUCCUGAUGCAUUACUGCCUGUUUGGCCUGUACCUCAACUGGUGCUACCGCCGGGGCAAGGCGUCGGCAUCGCCUUCCUCACAAGUGUACAAGGUGUCCGGCCUCCCGAACCGUCCAUGGAGGGCGACGCUGAAGGGCGCCACGGCGGGCACUGCCGCCCUCGUGAUGUGCCCCUGGCUGGCUGACAUCCUCCUCCUAAGGUCGUUCGUCGUCAAGGUGAUAUUGACCAUCUUUGUGGGCAACGCAGCCACGGCCAUCCUCACACAUUUCUAUGCCUCCUUGGCGGUCAGGUGGUUCGCAUGCGGAAAGUGCGAGGGGUACACCAAAUCGAACAGCCUAUUGCCAUAG